AUGACGCCCGACGCCAGCAACACCAUCACUCACCACCCUUCUGUUUUCCAUCUCCAGCACCUCUCGCCAAGCCGCGGCAGCUCGCGCUCCCCCGCCCGCCGCAAUGGCUCGAGCACUGCAGUAGAGGCUGUGGCCCCGUCACCUGAAGCACACGACGCCAUCGAACGUCACCCGUCGCAUGCUUCCGACGUCGAGAGCCAGGUGACGGCCGCCUUCAACUCGCGUAUCCCGCGUCUCAGCGUCGAGAGUGACCCCUACGGCCUGUCCUCGUCGUACAAGACGGACUCAGACCUGGACCAAAUCAAGGCCAACUCGUCCCGUAAGCGGGAUGGCUCCCGGGGAUGCGGUCCUACCUCGGUUCUCCCGCCUUCAGACAAGGGCAACACGGGGCCCAAGAGCGACGCGCGGAAGCUCCGGGGCUUCUAUGAGAACCAGAAUGCCGCCAUCGAGCGCAUGCUCAAGUCGGUAGAAGAGCAUCGGGCCGACGCCCGCCAGGAGCAGGGCGACGACCAGCUCAAGUUCCGCAUCGCCAUCUAUGGCUCGCUCGCCGCCAACAUCGUCCUCGCAGGCCUCCAGCUCUACGCUGCCAUCUCAUCUGGCUCACUGUCGCUGUUCACCACCAUGGCAGACGCGAUAUUCGACCCUCUCAGCACCUUGACGCUCAUCUUCUCGAACCGCGCCAUCAAGCGGGUCGACCCUCGCCGCUUCCCCGCCGGCAAGGCCCGUCUCGAGACGGUCGGAAACAUCGUCUUUUGCUUUCUUAUGACGUCGGUGUCGCUCAUCAUCAUUGCCUUUGCGGCGCAGGAGCUCGCCGGCGGCCACGGGGACAAGGGAUUGCACCUGGCGUCCAUCAUCUCCGUCUGCGUGGCGUUCCUCACCAAGUUCAGCCUGUUCCUGUAUUGCUGGUCCAUCAAGGACAAGUACAGCCAGGUCAACAUCCUGUGGCAGGACCACCGCAAUGACCUCCUGGUCAACGGCUUCGGUAUCCUCACGUCAGUGGGCGGCGCCAAGCUGGAGUGGUGGAUCGAUCCCAUGGGCGCCAUCCUGCUGUCGUUGCUCAUCUCGGGGGUUUGGCUGCACACGGCGUUUGGCGAGUUCAUGCUGCUCGUGGGCGUGGUGGCCUCGGUGGACACGCAGCAGCUCAUCACGUACGUGUGCCUGACGCACUCACCCGCGGUGCAGGGCAUCGACACGGUCCGGGUCUACCACUCUGGGCCGCGCCUCAUUGCCGAGGUAGACAUCGUCAUGGACCCCUCGGGCACGCUGCGAGACACGCACGAUGUGGCCGAGGAGCUGCAGUUCAAGCUCGAGAGCCUGCCGGACAUUGAGCGGGCGUACGUGCAUAUCGACUACGAAACCACGCACAAGCCGGAGCACGCGUAUAAGAAGGAUUUGUAG